AUGAGACGAUGGUCUGUCGCAGCUGUGCGCGUUUCUUGUCAGCCGAGCUCUUCUCGAACCUCCCCGACUCCGCGAUUCUCUCGAACGUAUAGCGGCCACACACAGCAAAAGAGGUCGUUUCCAGCGCAGUCUCUAGCAACUGCACAGCAUGCAGAACCCUUCUUGGAUCCUCCACCACCACUCGCUGCUACGUCGCAUGUACGCCCUGACCCUUAUAAGUUGCUAGCACCUCAAUUACACAAUGUCCGGGAAACACUUCUCAACCUCCUCGGCUCAGCGCAUCCUGGUCUCAGCGAAAUAGCAAAAUACUACUUCCUCCAUCCCUCAAAACAGCUCAGACCCCUUCUAGUGCUACUGUUCUCACAAGCUACGAAUGGACUGGGGAACGGGUGGCAUAUCAAGAGGUGGGCAGCCGAGUGUGAGGGUGCGGGAGGGCGAUCGGAAGAGCUGGACCGGCCUCUAACGCGUGCGGACGUGCUGAACGACUAUAAUCCGAGCAUGCCCGACCACACUGCGUCUUUCGAAGAUUCCUUUUCUUUGAAAGCACCCCCGCAUCCGAGAAAGCUCCCUAUACCGCCCCCAGCAUCCUUCGCGAAUAACAGCCCAGUGUUGUCUUCACCACCAUUCCUUCUUCCUACGCAGAUUCGUCUCGCACAGAUUGUAGAGAUGAUUCAUGUCGCCUCGCUAUUGCAUGACGAUGUCAUAGACAAAUCACCCCUUCGUCGGGGUACGCUGUCGGCGCCAGCCGCGUUUGGGAACAAACUCUCUGUCCUGGCUGGCGACUUCCUUCUUGGUCGCACUAGUGCUGCGCUAUCCCGUCUGGGUAGCAAUGAAGUGGUUGAGCUCAUUGCAAGUGUCAUCGCCAACCUGGUUGAGGGAGAAAUCCUCCAGCUCAAGUCCAUCCACGGCGAGGAACUGGGAAUCACCGGCGCGCCAGCCGUUGGGCGGGAAUACUUCAACAUCUACCUGCAGAAGACGUACAUGAAAACGGCGAGUCUGAUGGCGAAAGGCGCGCGGGCUGCUGUCGUGCUUGGCGGUUGCAAGGAGGGUGAAAUUUGGAAGGAGAUAGCAUAUGCUUACGGGCGUAACCUCGGCAUCGCGUUCCAGCUUGUGGACGAUAUCCUGGACUAUGAGUCUGGUGAGGCGGCAUUGGGAAAGCCAGGCGGCGCCGAUUUGCAGCUGGGACUUGCAACAGGACCCGCCCUGUUCGCUUGGGAAGAACACCCAGAGAUGGGGCCACUCAUAAAGCGGAAGUUCCAGCAAGAAGGUGACGUUGAACUGGCAAGGGACCUUGUACGACGGUCGUCGGGUGUAGAGCGAACCCGAGAUCUAGCUCGAAACCAUGCGGACAAGGCUCGAGAGGUACUGGUGUUGUUGCCGGACAGCGACGCGAAGGGUGCACUGGAGGCAUUGACAGAGCGAGUUGUGAAGCGGACGUGGUAA